AUGUCACCAAAAUCAUGGCCUUCUUCGACUACAAUAUUUUAUAAUGACCCUGUACAAACUACUUGCUUUAUUACAAAAUUUUUACCUUUUCUUCUUGAUGGUCAACGAAUGAAAAAUUGCAUCUUUUACUUGGAAAAUGCUGCGUUUCAAACAUCCAGAAACAAUCACACAACGAUUAUAAAUGAAUGCAUUGGAAUUUGUCGAAGAAAUAGCUUGGUGUUUUUUGCGGGAUCUGUUGUGGCUGCAAGUGUUUGGGCCACGAAACCACUUCUUUGGAAAAGACGAGAUUUUCCAGUCAAUGUGUGGCUGCCCUUCGAUGCGAAAGCGAACAUCUUCAUCUUCUCGUUCACUUAUUUAAUUAUCGCUUUAGGGCCAUUUAUUGCCGGUCUUUUAACAGGCGUCGUUGAUCCUUUGAUCGCAGGUCUAAUCUAUCAUGCAACAAGUCAGAUAAAAAUUUUGAAAGAUAAUUUACAAAAUCUGUCCGACUGUGCCAAGCACAAAGUUAAUUCGGCGAAAGAUGCGACAAAAGAAGAAGUUAUGAUUGAAGCCCUCAAGAAGUGUAUAACACAUCACGAUGAAAUCCUAAGAUUUCUUAAGGAAUUCGAAGACUGUUUUUCGUUGGUGUUGUUCAGUCAAAUUGCGGGCGCAAUAUUCGUUAUUUGUUUUUGCUGUGUACAGAUAGGCAAACUAAACAGUAUAGAUUCCUACUUUGGACAGUUUGCGAUGUAUCUAAUGGUCGUCUUGGCCCAAGUAUAUUUCUACUGCUACUACGGUUCUACUCUUUCUGAAGAAAGCGAUUCGUUAAGGGAUGCUAUUUAUAUGGGUCCAUGGUACACUUACGACAUACGAACCCAGAGAACGUUGUUGACAGUAAUGGAACGUGCAAAAAUACCUGUGAUAGUUACUGCUGAAAAACUUGUCGAUUUGUCUUUGGUUACUUUUACCACAAUUUUACAGCGCUCUUAUUCGCUCAUAGCGGUCAUGCAAAACUACCAAUAGUGGAACACUGUGCAAAAUCUUUGUGUCUGUGA